AUGGUCAAAGAAACAAAACUCUACGACUUGUUAGGCGUGUCCCCCUCCGCCUCGGACACAGACAUCAAAAAGGCCUACAGAAAGACGGCCCUCAAAUACCACCCCGAUAAACCCACCGGAGACACCGAGAAAUUCAAGGAGAUCUCCGAGGCGUUCGACAUCUUGUCCAACGCAGACAAGAGACAAGUCUACGACGACUACGGUAUCGAGGCUGCCCGUGGAAACGCACCCGCAGGCGGCAAUCCGUUUGCUGGAGGAGCAGGUGGAGCAGGCGGCCCGCAAUUCAAUUUCGGAGGCGGUGGUGGCCAUGGCUUCUCGCAGACAGAUGCGUUCAACAUUUUCUCGCAGAUGGGCGGGUUCGAUAUGGACGACGGUGGGUUCAGCUUCGGCGGCUUUGGAGGAGGUGGUGGCUCGCACUUUGGUGGCAUGAACGGCGGCGGUAUGGGCGGUGGCAUGCCUGGCGGCUUUGGAGGCGGCAGAUCGGCCCGUAGACCCGAGCCAGACACUGUUUCCAUGCAGUUGCCGGUGACGUUGGAGGACUUGUAUGCGGGUGCUACCAAGAAGAUGAAGUUGAACAGAAAGGGCGCCGACGGCUCCAAGGAGAGCAAGAUCUUGGAGGUCAAGAUCAAGCCCGGCUGGAAGGCUGGAACCAAGAUCAACUUCGCCAACGAGGGUGAUUACCAGCAAGAGUGCCAGGCCCGCCAGACUGUCCAGUUCAUCGUCGAGGAGAAGCCACACCCAUUGUUCAAACGUGACGGUAACGACGUCAUUGCCACGGUUCCUAUCUCGUUCAGGGAGGCCUUGUUGGGCUUCGACAAGGAGAUCACCACCUUGAGCGGGCGUAAGAUCAACAUCUCCCGCUCCACACCAGUGCAACCCACUUCAUCCAACAGAUAUCCUAACCAGGGUAUGCCAAUCUCCAAGGAGCCUGGUAAGUAUGGUGACCUUGUUGUGACUUACAAGAUCGACUUCCCAGUGCACUUGAACGCUGCCCAGAAGGAGGCCAUCAAGCUGGCUUUCUAA